ACUACGCAGAAAUAAAAUACUUUUUCUCCUGUUUUCUUUUUGUUUCCUUUUUCGCCAUAGAUAAAGACAGCUGAAGGAAAGGAGGAGCAGAGAAGGGCUGCAGAUUCAAAAAAGGGAACACCAACACACGACUCCAAAGGCCUAGAAGAUCCAAACCCCACGCCUACGCUUUUUUCCUUUCUCAAUUCACAGUUCUCCAUCGUCAUGUGUUUUCCAAAGCAUGAAGCUGCUGCUGCUGCUGCUUCUUCGCCAGGAAUAUUCUGCUGUUUCCGCCAUGUCUAAACCUUUUGGUCCCUCCAUUUCUCCUGUUUCAUUGCCAGCGUUAUCUCCAGGAAUUCAUAUGGAAAGCCGAGAGCAGAAAAUGGAUCCGAGCAGGAAGAAGUUUAUUGCACUCAUUGGUGUUUGCUCUUCACUGGUUGUAAUCAUACUGGUUUUAUUUUGUUUGUGGAUUCGUUACUGGAAAAAGUCACAGAAAUCUGGAAAAAAUGAUGCCAAGAACUCAGAUGUUGAGAGAGGGCUUGUGUUAGCUCCAUUUUUGGGUAAUUUUCGUUCUCUGAGAACAGUUUCCAAGACGGGAUAUGCUUCAUUUAUGGAUUGUAAGAUACUUGAAAAGGCAACAAGCAAGUUUCAUGAUAGUAAUGUUUUGGGUGUUGGUGGAUUCGGGCGAGUGUACAAGGCUCGAUUGGAGGAUGGUUCGUGUGUUGCUGUCAAGAAGCUGGAUUGUUCAACCCAGGAUGCAGGGAAAGAAUUUGAGAAUGAAGUGGAUUUGUUAAGCAAGUUUCACCAUCCAAAUAUAAUUUCCCUAGUGGGUUAUAGCAUUGAAAGUGAAACAGGAUUCAUUGUAUAUGAAUUGAUGAACAAUGGUUCUUUGGAAACUCAGUUGCAUGGACCUUCCAAUGGAUCGGAAUUAUCUUGGUACCGGCGGAUGAAGAUAGCCCUUGAUACAGCAAAAGGAUUAGAAUAUCUGCAUGAGCAUUGCAACCCAGUGGUCAUCCAUAGAGAUCUGAAAUCCUCUAAUAUUCUUUUGGAUUCCAAUUUCAAUGCAAAGCUUUCAGAUUUUGGUCUUGCUGUAAUUGAUGGGACUCAAAACAAGAAUGAUCUCAAGCUCUCAGGCACUGUAGGUUAUGUUGCACCAGAGUACCUUUUAGUUGGUAAAUUAACAGAUAAAAGUGAUGUAUAUGCUUUUGGUGUGGUGCUUUUGGAACUUCUAUUUGGAAGAAAGGCUGUAGAAAAACAGGCACCAGCUCAGUGCCAAACUCUUGUCACAUGGGCAAUGCCCAAGCUUACUGACAGAUCUCUACUUCCAGAAAUCCUGGAUCCAGUGAUAAAAAAUACCAUGGAUUUGAAGCACUUAUUCCAGGUUGCUGCAGUAGCUCUAUUAUGCGUGCAACCAGAACCGAGUUAUCGUCCAUUAAUAACGGAUGUUAUGCACUCACUCAUUCCACUUGUUCCGGUAGAGCUUGGUGGGACGUUAAGACAACCUUCAGCCUCCUCAAAUCCUACAUUACAAUGUCAGCAUUGACACAUCUCCAGAUUGAAGGCAAAUUUCUGAUGCUUCUGUAAGAGUUUUGGCGCUUCAUUGAUUAAAUUGAAGAGCCUUUUCAUGUGCCUAGCUAGUUAUACAGACAAAAGAAUUGAUAGUAUCACAUGUUGAAAUGAGGCUUAGUUGGACUGCUGUAGAAGAUUUCUUCAUUGUUCAUAUAAGUUGUAAAUUGAACUGGAUUUGAAAAGCUCUUUGUAGGAUUAUUGAAAUUACUUGU